UAAAAAUAAUUGACGAACUUUUACAUUGUUGUGAAGAUCAACCAAGUGUGUUCACCACCUUUAAUAUUGUAAAUAAGAAUAUAAAAACUUAUCCAAAUUAAAUCAGCAAGCGGCGCAAUCAAACGGAGAGACGUUAAUUUAUAUAAGUAUAAGUAAUUAGCAAAACAAAGAGAAUGCCAGAAAUAGGGCCAAUGAUGCGGGCGCUCGAGCUGCAGCGGCUGAUCGAAGACAAAGUGACGGAGUGGCGCGAGAGGUCGGCCCGGGUCGCCGGCCGCGCCCGCCCCGACGCUUAUCAAGACCCACUCAACUUCCACAGGCGCGCUAACAGGCGCAAAAACAGCGCUCAAAUAAACAGAAUUAUCGCAAAGUACUCCAAAACAAAUAGGACCGCAGAGCAAUCACACGCGACAGUAGAACAAACCCUCACGCCUCCGACGCGCCCAGCACGACAUAAGAAGAUAUUUGCCAAACUAAAAUCAUCCAAAAGUGAAGAUAAUUUGGUAAGCGUCGGCACCAUGGAGGUUCACAAUGAACCUAAACCAGAUAUCAAACCGCAGUCUAGGUUUAAUAUAAAUAAAUACAACGCGAAGAGUUGCGAAGAUAUCACUGCGUUUGUUGACUUCGAACACGCGAUGAAGAGUAAGAAUUUUCAAGAGAAUAGUAUAAUAAAUUCGAAGACGGUCUCAGACACGAGACCGAAGCUGCAUAGCAUAUGCGAAGACGUUUUCGAUUUGUCUGACUUUAAAGAUAGCGGUGUGCAGUUGAGAGAUAAAACAUUUGUUACUUCGACUCCUUUGUCUAAUAGACGGACAUGUCCCCCUUGUGAUACAGUGUCGAUGAUCAGUUUCGAAAAGUGUAGUAAAUAUUCGUUUAGUGAUGGUGAUAAACUGAAAAAAGGUAGUUCUGAACCAGACAUGUUAAGUGACUCCUGUUUAAAUUCUAGUGAACAAACAAGUGACGCGAAAAGUUUGGACGGCAAGAAGAGAUGGAAGAUGCUCAAACCACAUUUUCGGAGAGGAACAUUUGACUGUAUACUGCGAUGGCGUGGGAAAAAACCGCAGCAAAAUACGACCAAAAUUCAAGAUGUGGACGAUAGUUUCUUUGAGAAGUUCGGGUCAAUACUGAAACAAGUGUCACAAAAGGCUGCUUUAGAGGAAUCAACUCCAUUGGCUCCUCUGAAGGAGGUGGAGGAACAAGAUGAGCAGCAGAGCGACGUCACGGAUCUGCAAGGGGAGAGGAGCCCUGUGAGAGACUCGGAUAGCGGUAAUGAGACACUUUUGGAUACAGACUCGGAACCUGAAGAUCCGGAGAAGAUAGAUUUAUACGUUGAAGCUGUCGGCUGGAAUGUGGAUGAAUUGUACUUGGAAGUUCUGUACGAGAUUUUACAUAAUGUGGGCGGUUGUGAUAUGGGCUGUGAGGUGGGACAG